AUGGAUGAGUUGUUGGUUUUGCAUAUCGGUGCAGGAAACCAUCUGCUUAAGCAGAACGAGAAGCACCAUGCGCUUAUCAAGGAUGCUUUGAUCCAAAACAAUGAUAGUUUGAAGUGUAUCAGUCGGAGUAGCUCCAUACUUGAAAAAUCACCAUUGACGAAUUGUGGAUAUGGUUCUUCUUUGAAUUUCAAUGGAGAGGUGAGCAAUGAAGCUAGUUUCUUACAGAAUGUGGGAGGCAAGAUAACCAAAUAUGGAUCGAUGCAUGAUAUUCAUUCACCAUGUCCAAUAUCUGAAACAAUUGAUAUCUUCAACAAGAUUGAUUUGAUGUACCUGGAACAAAAGUUUGAUAAGAUUGGCAUUACCAGACCGUUGAUUUUACGUCACUCAAUAAAAUCAUUUGUGUACCAGAAGCUUGGAUUGGAGAAUGAAGAAGAAUCAAAUCUUGUACUGGACAAUCAAAAUAAGAAGUAUGAGAUUUACAAACAAGGCUUCAUAGAUAUACCGAAAGAAGAAGUUCAAGAUACUAUUGGACUCAUACACCAAGUUGGUGACAUAACGUCAGUUGCAGCAUCUUCUGGAGGGAACUUUUUGAAGUUACCUAGUAGAAUAGGAUGUGCUGGCAUCAUAGGCAGUGGACUUGGUAUAAAAAGCAACAACGAACUAGAGGUUAGUUGUAUGUGUAGUGGUAAUGGCGAAGACAUCAUUUUAUUGAACCUAUCCAAUUUGUUGAUUAAUCAAUUAUUACAAGACCCUGAAACCAAUAUUCAUGAAUUUCUAAUAGCAGAAAGUGAAAGGGUCCCAUUAAAUAUUGUUAUCAACGGGAAACCCAAGCUCUAUGUAGGGGUUAUCUUAUUGGUCAACCAUAAAAAAGAUAACUACAAGCAAUUGAUUUACUAUCAUACCACUGAAUCAUUUUACUUUGGAUAUCGAUUCAAAGAUAAAAUCAAAGUAAUUCAAAGCAGGAAUAAAGGAAACUACGCAUUGGGAGAAAGAAUUUUGAGAGUAUAG